CAUUGUUCAUCAAUUCCCUCCACAUUCCUCCUUUGCACAUCAAACAGUCCAAGGCAAAGAAAGAGGCAGGGCCUCUUUGGUCUCUGCUGGGCCCGCCCAGUGCGGGCUAACCUGGCCUGGGCCUGGCUCAGCCGCACUGAGCCAGAGUGCUCCUGCCCUGUAGGGUAGCGACUUGGCGGGGCUGCCGUGUGAGCGCCGGGGAAACCAGGAUGAGCCGCACCCCAACGCCUCGGAACCUGCGGCCUAGCCCGCCCAGCGUAUCUACCGUUGUGGAGCUGAAUGUGGGAGGCCAGGUCUUCACCACCACCACAGACACCCUGAGGAAAGUCCCGGGCUCCAGACUGGCGGAGAUGCUCUCCAGCCCAGCGUCUGCCUGCAAGGAUGCCGAAGGCCGCUUCUUCAUCGACCGCCCCGGCACCUUUUUCCACCCCAUCCUGGACUACCUGCGCAGCGGGCAGGUGCCCCAGCAGCAUGUCCCCGAGGUGUACCGUGAGGCCCAGUUCUACGCCAUCCAGCCUCUGGUCAAGCUCUUGGAGGACAUGCCUCAGAUCUUUGGCGAGCAGGUGUCCCGGAAGCAGUUUUUACUGCAAGUGCCAAGCUACAGCGAGAACCUGGAGCUGCUGCUGCGGCUGGCCCGGGCCGAGGCUGUGGGGAGGCGUGCAUCGCAGGUGGUGGUGUGUGUGGUGUCCAGCGAGGAGCAGGCCACACAGUGUGCAGAGCUUAUAUAUUACCUGGAGUCCCAGAAGAUGUCAGUUGUCAAGUUUGUGCCCUGUAAAUUAGAUUGUGACAGGAAGGACCUUCUGCAGUGCCUGGAGAUAGACAUUAAGGCACAGGGCUACCAGGUAUCCUAUCAGGAGUACCAAUUUUAUAAGGCAAUCAAUGCCAAGUUGGAGGAUUGCUUCUAUACAUUCACCUUCACAUGGUGGAAACCAAGCAUGCCUUCUCAGAAUCAAGAGACCAUCUCGUGCCCACCCAGAAACCAGCUAUGGCUCAAGCAACGGUAUUUUUAUCUUCGCAAGAACAUCCUGUUUCAGUAACUUCGCCCCUUUGGAAACCCCCUAAAAAAUGUACCGCCCCUCCUGCCUCUACCCGAGCCUUUCUUCCCCGCCAUCUUGCCGUUAAACAGCUAUGCAUAAUGAGAAUAAACGAGACCUUGA